AUGUUGGAGUCGAGGACAGCCAAUAAAAAGAUUGCUUUCACUUUAUUGCAAGAAUCGGCACAACUUGACCACCAAAAGGCCAAAGAACUGAUGGCGAGAUCAUAUAUAUUUGCAGAUCACUUGCCAUUUAAUCCCAGAAAAGCAUUCAAUUACUUGCGAAGUAUACCUAUUAAUGAGAGUUCCGGCGCUCAUCUUCUCUUAGGUUUUAUGUAUUCAAUUGGUUUGGGAGUCCAUUCAAAUCCACACAAAUCUCUAAUGCACUACACUUUAGCCGCAAAUAUGGACAACUCUUUGGCCAAAAUGGCCGUUGGAUUCAAAUACAUGUACGGCAUGGAUGUCCACGAAGAUUGUGGUCAAGCAAAGGACUUAUAUCAUAGUGUGGCCACAAGUGUUGUCCACAAUUCCCGAGUCAGUGGCGGACAUGUCAUCAGAAAUAAGCAUUUGUGGCGACAAACCGAUCGUGUCAUACAAAACCUCGACAAAGAUCUUAUCGAUUAUUACAAGUUUUUGGCCAAAAAGGGUCACAUCAAUGCUUGCGUCAGUUUAGGCCAACUCUACUAUUUUGGUGGAUUUGGUGUGGACAGGGAUGUGGACACAGCUCUCAACUAUUUGCAAACUGCGGCCAAAUCUAGAAACGCAAAUGCUUUGGCACUUUUGGGUCACAUCUACUUAGAGGGCAGUCCUUCUGUUGGACACAAUUUCACAAAAGCCUAUCAAUUAUUGAAAGCGUCGGCACAAAAGCGCAAUCCUAUAGCACAGGCAGGCCUGGGAUUCAUGUAUCUAACGGGCAAAGGAGUGGACAUUGACUUCAAGGAUGCGUUCGAGUACUUCGCGCUCUCUUCACGACAGGGUUGGGUCGAAGGCAUCGUAAACUUGGGUCUCAUGUAUAUGAAUGGUUUGGGUGUCGCUCGUGAUUACCGUCGAGCCAUCAGAUUCUUUACCCUCGCCUUACAGUCCCAGCACUUGUUAGCCGUCUAUCAUUUGGGACAACUGUUUGGCGGCGGCCAUGGAGUGGCCAUAUCGUGUCGGACCGCCGUUUCACACUUUAAAUCAGUGGCUGAAAGGGGUGUCUGGUCUCGAGAAUUGGCUGAAGCCGACAACCACUACAAGAAUAACAAAGUCCUGCAGGCGUUCAUGAAAUACGCGUUUCUGUCGGAUAUGGGUUACGAAAGCGCUCAGAGUAACAGUGCUUUCAUUUUAGAAAAUAAAGCCAUCGAUGGUCUCGAUAUAGAUGGCUAUAAACGCCAAAUGGUCAUCAAAACAAUGUCUCAAUCGAUGGACUCAUUGUUCAGCGCUUCCAACGUCUUAAUCAACGAAAUCCAAGAGUCUUUGUUCCCGCGGUUGGAGUCACUGAUCGCCAGCAACGACCAAAACAAUGCAUUGUCUGUGGAGUCGGACAUCGAGUCCAAAGUGAAACAAUUGGACACAUAUUGCGAUAAAAUGGAGAUAAUUGUCAACAAAAGCGGACCAAACGAUAGGCCGCAGCAGAAGAUGCGUUUGGAUCAGUUGAGGUACGACUCGCGGCACCUGCUGUCGUCCCUCCGGAACUUACACCACCGUCGCGUUCAGAGGGAACGGGAGGAGAGGGAGAGAGAAGAGCUGCUGACCCGACGCUUCACCACCAACUCGGAGACCAAUAUAGCCAUUGAGUCCUAUUAUGGCGACGAGAAUACACGCCUCAAGUCAUUCAACACCAACUUAGACGAUAUGAUUGCCAGCGGAUCCACCAUAUUGUCCGGUCUUCGCGACCAGAGGGGGUUCCUGAAGGGCGCCCACAAACGGCUCAUCGAUAUCGGCAACACGUUAGGCAUGUCCAACACUGUCAUGAGACUCAUCGAGAAAAGGGGUGUCACCGACAGGUAUAUACUCUUCGGAGGAAUGAUUAUCUUCUGUGUGCUAAUGCUUCUCAUAUGGAAGUACUUGACGUAA